ACUUGGCCCGGCUGGGUGGUUCCCUCGCGCAAGACUUGUGCGUGUUUUCCCUUCUGCAUUUCGGAGAAGAUGGCGUCGCAGAGAGGAGUCCCUAUAAGUAAGCUAAGUCCAAUGUUCCUCCACACAAACUCCACCAGCCACACCUGGCCCUUCAGCGCCAUCGCUGAACUAAUAGACAAUGCCUAUGAUUCUGAUGUUAACGCCAAGCAGUUCUGGAUUGAUAAGACCCAGAUCAAAAAGCAAGACUGCCUCAUCUUCAUGGACAAUGGAAAUGGAUUGGACUAUGAAAAGAUGCACAAGAUGCUCAGCUUCGGUUACAGUGAUAAGAGAGUCAUAAAUGGCAAGCACCCGAUUGGUCUCUAUGGUAACGGCUUCAAGUCCGGGUCCAUGCGUCUGGGGAAAGAUGCCAUUGUGUUCUCAAAGUCGCAAGACGGAGACACCAUGCAAGUAGGCAUGCUCUCCCAGAGCUACCUGGCACAGAUCAAAGCAGACGAGAUCAUUGUGCCCAUCAUCUCCUUCCAAUGUGUCCCACACAGCCGGUAUAAGUUCAAUGUGAAUGAGAAGCACAAGGCUAGUCUGCAGGACAUCCUGCACUACUCUAUCUUUAAUACGGAGAACGAGCUGCUCGAAGAGCUCAAAGCCAUCAGCUCCACAGGCUCCUCGGGAACACGUAUUAUCGUCUGGAACCUGCGCAGGACGAUAACACGACCGACAGAAUUUGAUUUCACGACAUUCAGCGACGACAUCAAAAUCCCAUUAGAUGUCCCAUUGGAUGGGUUGGAGAGCACCAGUGAGCAAUACAGAGCCAUACAGUCAGAGCUGCUCACAAAACCAGAGAGUUACUACUCGCUACGUGCAUACUGCAGUAUUCUGUACCUGAAGCCCCGGAUGCAGAUCAUAAUUCGAGGUCAGAAAGUGAAGACUGAGCUCAUCUCCAAGAGCCUGGCUUGCAUUGCUAAGGACCAUUACAAGCCCAACUUUGUGAACAGACGCAUCCCCGUGACCUUUGGGUACAACACCAAGUGCAAGGACCAAUACGGCAUCAUGAUGUACCACAAAAACCGCCUUAUCAAAGCCUAUGAGCGAGUGGGCGUUCAACUCAAGGCCAACAACCAAGGUCUCGGGGUUAUUGGGGUCAUCGAGUGUAACUUUCUGGAGCCCACCCACAACAAGCAGGAUUUUGACAAUACUGACAAAUACAGGAAAACCAUCAACAACUUGGGGGUAAAGCUGGAGGACUACUGGAAAGAGAUACGUUUUAAGAGAAACAAAGAAGAUCCUAGCAGCACCACACCAGUGGAAGACACCAUGAAACGUCCAGACCAGAACUGGGUGCAGUGUGACACCUGCCUGAGCUGGAGGAAGCUGCCAGAUGGAAUUGAUUGCAAACGGCUCCCAAAGGAGUGGUUCUGCCACAUGAACCCUGACCCCCAGUUCAGGAGCUGCACGGUAGAGGAAGAACCUGAAGACUUCGAUGAUGACCAACCUUCAUACCAGAAAACCUACAGGCAACAUGAAAGGAACACCAAAAUGAAGCAGGAUAAGAAACGACAACAGAAUGAAGAUGAGCAGAAGAAGGCAGAGCAGAUGCAGAUGCAGGUUAAGGCUCUGGCUCAGAAGAACAAGACUCUGAAGCAUCAGAGGAUCUCUUGCCUCGCCAAAGCAUCCCCGUCAACCCCUCCGGCCCCGUCAACCCCUCCGGCCCCGUCAACUCCUCCGGCCCCUUCAACCUCUAUGGCCGCGUCAACCCCUUCAAACCCAAGAAUGAAGAGAACCCUGGCCAUGACCCCUGAAAGUGAGACAAAAAAACCCAGGUUGAAUGGUUUCCACAACAACACCACCAUGGAGACUGUAUCACCGGCUGCUGAAACAACCAUGUCAUCCACGUCAGUCAUCAUCCCUGUUGACGAUGACGACGAUAACAUCAUGGAUGACGAUGACAUUAUGAUUUUGGAGAUCAACAGCACCCCUAUUCAGAAGAAGGCAACCUUUGACCUUGCCAUGGUAAAAUCAGAGAGCAGGACCAUGGAGACACCUUCUGGCUCUGGCAAUGUUAAAACUAGCUGCACAGGAACAAGCUCUGUGGAGACGGGAACUGUGGCGACCAGCUACUUCCCUCCACCACCUUCUUCAGAGCAGGUGAGCAUCACCACCCAGACAGAGAUCAGGAGCAAAGUGAAGGAUGAAGAUGAGGAGCACAAGGAGAAAAGGGAGAAGGAGGAAAAAGUUAGGGACAGAACCGAACCAGGCCCUUCCACACCAAACCCACCCUCUGCUGGCCCAUGCACACCAGGCCCAUCCUCUUCUGGUCCAUCCGCCCCAGACCCAUCAGACCAUCCUAUGAUUGACCUCCGUAACCUGUCAGUGGCCCAGGAGCAGCAGGACCAGCUGCUGGAGCUCAUGCAGGCUGCAGCCCACGAGAGGGACCAGUUCAAGGAGCAAGUCAACAAGUUGACCUCCCAGCUCCAUAACCUGGAGGGCAGCAUGCAGGAGCUCUCCCAGGCCACUGUGAAGAGAGAGCACUGCCACCAGGCCUGUCAGACUGGAGAAGGAGGGGAAGAAGGAGAGCAGUCGGAGAGGAUUAAGGUUGAGAUAAUAGAGGAGGAGAGGGGCAACCUCUGGUCUCUUUGUGAGACACUGCAGCAGGACGUGGUGGAGCUGAGGAGGGAGAAACAAGAGUGGGGGAGAGAGAAACAGGAGAGAGAGAAACAGGAGAGAGAGAAACAGGAGAGAGAGAAACAGCUGAGAGAGAAACAGGAGAGCGAGGGAGCUCAGACAUCAGCUGACCAGGCAGAGAGACUGAGGGAGCUUCGGAGGAGCGUUGGUCGUCUCCUGGUCACGUUUGUCCCAGCGCUGGACCUCGAACAAGUAAACUAUGACUGUUCAGUCAUUGACGAAAUCCUCGACCAGGUUCUUACUGACGUGGAGUCCAUGGGGCCUGUGUAGGUGCCUGUGGGCGGGAUAUGGAUGGACGGGUUGUCCUCCAUCUUACUCUGUAAUGUGAGGCAAACUCGGGGAUAGUCAUAGAUAAUUCCUGCCUACCUUUUUACACUUUUUAAAAUGGUUUUAUAGGUAUUUUUUUACAAACAAAAAAAGGAAAUGAACACAUAAUACCCCAUAAUGACAAAGUAACAACAGGUUUGUAGAAAUUUUUGCAAAUCUAUUAAAAAUUAAAAACAGAUACCUUAUUUACAUAAGUAUUCAGACCAUUUGCUAUGAGACUCGAAAUUAAGCUCAGGUGCAUCCUGUUUAUGUUGAUCAUCCUUGAGAUUGAUCAUCCUUGAUUAGAGUCCACCUGUAGUAUUUUAAAUUGAUUGGACAUGAUUUGGAAAGGCACACAACUUUGAAGGUCCCCAAGAACACAGUGGCCACCAUCAUUCUUAAAUGGAUGAAGUUUAGAACCACCAAAACUCUUCCUAGAGCUGCCUGCCCGUUCAAACUGAGCAAUCGGGGGAGAAGGGCCUUGGUCAGUAACGUGACCAAGAACCUGAUGGUCACUCUGGCAGAGCUCCCGAGUUCCUCUGUGGAGAUGGGAAAACCUUCCAGAAGGACAACCAUCUCUGCAGCACUCCACCAAUCAGGCCUUUAUGGUAGAGUGACUGGACGGAAGCCGCUCCCAAGUAAAAGGGACAUGACAACCCGCUUGGAGUUUGCCAAAAGGCACUCCAAGGACUCUCAGACCAUGGUCUGAUGAAACCAAGAUUGAACUCUUUGGCCUGAAUGCCAAACGUCACGUCUGCAGGACACCUGGCACCAUCCCUACGGUGAAGUAUGGUGGUGGCAGCAACAUGUUGUGGGGAUGUUUUUCAGUGGGAAGGGACUUGGAGACUAGUCAGGAUCGAGGCAAAGAUGAGCGGAACAAAGUACAGAGAGAUCCUUGAUGAAAACCUGCUCCAGAGCCCUCAGGAUCUCAGACUGGGGCGAAGGUUCACCUUCCAACAGGACAAUGACCCUAGGCACAAAGCCAAGACAAUGCAGGAGUGGCUUCGGGACAAGUCUCUGAAUAUCCUUGAGUGGCCCAGCCAGAGCCCGGACUUGAACACGAUCAAACAUCUCUAAAGAGACCUGAAAAUAGCUGUGCAGCGAUGCUCCACAUUCAACCUGACAGAGUUUGAGAGGCUGUAAUUGCUGUCAACAAAAUACUGAGUAAAGGGUCUGAAUACUUAUGUAAAUGUGAUAUUUCCUUCUUUUUUUUCAUAUAAAUUUGUACACAUUUCUAAAAACCUGUUUUUGCUUAGUCAUUAUGGGGUAUUGUGUGUAGGUUGAUGUGGGGGGGGGACUAUUUAAUCAAUUAUAGGAUAAGGCUGUAACAUAAGAAAAUGAGGAAAAAGUCAAGGGGUCUGAAUACUUUCCGAAUGCACUGAGUAUACAAAAUAUCAAGAACACCUGCUCUUUCCAUUACAUAGACUGUCCAGGCGAAUCUAGGUGUAAGGUAUGAUCCCUUAUUGAUUUCAGUUGUUAAAUCCACUUCGUUUAUUGUAGAUGAAGGGGAGAAGACAGGUUAAAGAAGGAUUUUUAGCCUUGAGACAAUUGAGAUAUAGAUUGUGUAUGUGUGCCAUUCAGAGAGUGGGGAGGGGUGUUCCUAUGAGGAAGGUAUUCCUAAUGUUUUGUAUACUUUUUAAAAACUUUUAUUUUGUUCCAUGACCAUGGUGGUGUUGUGGAAAUUCUUGCACAGGGACACUCCAGGUCAAUCUGGUAGCUGGUUGAGAGAAUGCCUAGAGCGUGCAAAGCUGUCAUCAAGGCAAAGGGUGGCUAUUAGAAGAAUCUCAAAUAUAAAAUAUAUUUUGAUUUGUUUAACACUUUUUUGGUUACAACAUGAUUCCAUAUGUGUUAUUUCAUAGUUUUGAUGUCUUCACUUAUUCUGCAAUGUAGAAAAUAGUAAAAAUAAAGAAAAACCCUUGAAUGAGUAGGUGUUCUAAAACUUUUGACCAGUAGUGUACAUCAAACUCCACUGAUAAGACAUGUUAUCAUCUUAUAAUCAAAAUGAGUCAUGUUACCCUCAGAGGUGUUAUCCUUGUUACUAAUCGAGACAUGUAAUCUAAACAUGUUUUCCUUAUUACUAAUCGAGACAUCCCCUGAGACAUGAUGUCUCUUUAAGAGAUUUCUGACACAUGUUAUCCUCUACUGUAGAUAACGUUAUAGAUCAGCUCACACAGAACUGGCAAACUCAGCUCACAUUCACUCCAUAUUCACACUUACUAGUCCCCUGACAACUCUCAUUCACUAAAUACUUAAUAGCUCAAUUUCAAUCCUCUUAUUGUCCAAAUUUCAAUCGGCUUAUUAUCCAGAUGUCAAUCUUAAUACUAAUAAUUUCAAUCUAUUUCUUAUCCACAUUUCUAUCGGCUUGAUAUCAAAUGUAAAACUUAUUAUCCAAAUUUCACUUUAAUAUGUAAUUUCUCAGAAUCACACAACUUUCACAUUCACCUAGUACUAUCACCCAUGUGCAUCUUCAACGAUUCUCUUGUCAUUACUGGCUAUACACCUUAUGUAUCGUCAGCGGUUCUCUUGCCACUACUUGCUAUGCAUAUAAAUAACACCCCAUAUUCAAAAAUGCCUUGUGUUAUUUUGUAGUGGCUGCAGACCACAUAAGACAUUUCUUCUAAAUGCCUAGUCAGCAGUCAGUGGGGCUUUCCAUGGUACCGUUACGCCCUCGUCCUCAUAAGACUAGUAAAUAGCCUCCUCUCUAUAAGACUGGGUACCUUUUUUUGUGUUACUCGCCCUGAUUUUAUUCUAUAUCAUUUAUUUUUAUACUGAUUUAUUUAAAUUGACUUACCAGUUGCCGUCCCUCAAUUGUUUGUGAAUGAUGUGUCUCCUCCUGGGCAGCUCACAGCCAAAUUCAAAUUAAAUUACUAAAAAUAUUUAAUUUUCAUGAAAUCACAAGUGCAAUAUAGCAAAACACAGAAUAGCUUGUUGUUAAUCCACCUGGCGUGUCAGAUUUCAAUAAAGCUUUUCGGCGAAAACAUACCAAGCAUUUAUGUAAGAACAUCUCUCUCAGUACACAAAAUAUUACAAACAGCUAGCAGCCAAGUAGAUUGGUCACGAAAGUCAGAAGAGCAAUAAAUUAAAUCACUUACCUUGGAUGAUCUUCGGAUGUUUGCACUCACGAGAAUCCCAGUUACACAAUAAAUGUUCCUUUUGUUCCAUAAAGAUUAUUUUUAUAUCCAAAAUACCUCCAUUUGUUUGGCGCGUUAUGUUCAGAAAUCCACAGGCUCGAGGGGUCCCGACAUCGCAGAUGAAAAUUCCAAAUAGUAUCCGUAACGUGCGUAGAAAGAUGUCAAAUGUUUUUUAGAAUCAAUCCUCUGGUUGUUUUUACAAUAUAUAAUCGAUAAUAUGUCAACCGGAAUGUAGCUUCUUCCAUAGGAGAAAGAGAGAAAAUGGCUGUUGCGCAUGAAAAACUCUGCUGGCACCCAGCCAUCCACUGACGUGAUGGAUUCUUUCUCGCUAAUUUUUCAAAAUAAAAGCCUGAAACUAUGUCUAAAGACUGUUCACACCUUGAGGAAACCAUAGGAAAAGGAUUCUGGUUGAUAUCCCUUUAAAUGGAGGCACGGCAUCCAAUGGAACAGAGAGCUUUCAGGAAAAACAGCACUUCCUUGUUGGAUUUUCCUCAGGUUUUCGCCUGCAAUAUCAGUUCUGUUUUACUCACAGACAAUAUUUGGACAGUUUUGGAAACUUUAGAGUUUUCUAUCCUAAUCUGACAAUUAUAUGCAUAUUCUAGUUUCUGGGCCUGAGAAAUAGGCAGUUUCAAAUGGGUGUUUUUUUUGCCAAAAAUGAAAAUAUAACUCAAGAAGUUAUGGGUGGAAUGUUAUUAUAAGUGUAAUAUUGGGAUGCAAACUCAAAAUAAAAUACAUUUAAACUCUGA